AUGGCUCUGAAGGCCGAAGGCGCUGCCGCGCUCGACUGCUUCGAGGUGAAGCUCAAGUGUGAGGAUGCGGAGGACGAGGACGAGGCCACCGUGGUGGCCGUGAUCCCGCGGCCUGAGCCCAUGCUCAGAGUAGCCCAGCAGGAGAAGACUCCAGUGGCUAGACCCAACCUGCUGGAGCCAGGAAGCGAUGGCUGUGAGGAACCCAAGCAGCAGAUGUCGUGGGAGCAGGAGUUCCUGGUGGGGAACAGCCCAGGAGGCAGCGGGCGGGCGCUGUGCAUGGUGUGUGGUGCGGAGAUCCGCCGCCCCUCCGCUGACACGGCCCGCAUGCACAUCAUGGACCAGCAUCCUCACACGCUGGACCUGAGCCAGUCUGAGAAGAGCAACAUCCUAGAGGCCUGGAGCGAGGGGGUGGCCCUUCUGCAAGAUGUCAGAGUGGAGCAGCCAUCCCCACCCAGCUCAGACAUGGGCCAGGGCCUGGAUGUGGACCUGGACCCUGAUCCAGGCCCUGCCAGGAUGCCUGCUGAGAUUGUUGUGCUCCUGGACUCUGAGGACAACCCAUCCCUCCCAGCCUUCCAGAAAAGGACCCGACCCAGGGGUCUCCGGCCUCUGGAGCUUCCUGCUGCUCCUGCCCUAGAACCACCAAAUAAGAAGCCCCGGAGUCAGAGAUGGAAAGAGCCCUCUGGGGACGAGCCUGUCAAAAAGAAAAAAGGCAGGCGUGUGACCAAACCCUUGGACCCUGACCCAGACCCUCCGUCAUCACCUGACUCUCCCAUGGAGAUGGAGAUAGAGACGGAGACGGAGACUUUUGCAGCCCCAGCUGAGGUCAGACACUUCACUGAUGGCAGCUUUCCGCCCGGCUUCGUCCUCCAGCUCUUCUCUCACACUCAGCUCAGGACCUCUGAGAACAAGGACUCGCCCAAAGAGGGGAACGCCGCAGGAAACCUCCACCAGCUCAAAAACCCCUCUCCAGCUCCCCCUGCGGGGCUCCGCGGGACACUGGACCUCCAGGUUAUCCGAGUGCGGAUGGAGGAACCACCGGCCGUCAGCUUCCUGCAGGACUGGUCUAAGCAUCCCUCGAGCACCAAGGGUGUGGGAGCAAGUGACACCCGGGAUUGGCCUGCAGUCCUGUCUGAAUCCAACACUCCUGUUGGGAGCCAGCCUGGGGCGGGCAGUGGUGUGUAG